UAUAUUAUUUACUAGUAUUAUUUAGAAAUUUCAACAAAGAAGAACGUAAAAUUGCUACCAAGAAGAAGAAAUGCUUUCAAUUUUAUGAAACUAACACGUGCUUCAACACCAUCAUUUAAAAAUGAAAAAGUCUCCAGGGAUAAACAUAAUGAACCAAAUCAUGAUAAUAUACCUGAAAAUUAUAGAAAAUUUAAUUUACUACAGAACUCUAAUUCUCAAGAAGAAGAGUCACCUUUCUUAAGAAUAAGUAUAGAAGAAAUUAACAAAUAUAUAAAUUUAAGUACGACCAUGGAAGACACAAUGGAGCCUACAGAUGAAGACGAUUACGAUUAUGAUGCUUUUAAAAUGGAAUAUGAACAACAAUUUAAAAAAGAUAAAAAAUUAAGCGACAAAUUACAUUACACUCAUACAGAGAAACAAAUGACAGAAGAACAAAUUAUCAAAAAACCAAUUGAAAAAGUUACAGAUACUACAGAAAAUUGUACAAAGGAAGAUAUGGAUUAUUUUGGUUUUAAAGCGAUAAAAUGUUUAAUAUACAACUACCAACAUGUAAAAGACACAACGGAAGCAAAAAGAACAUUAUCAAAAAUGUGGCUAAUGGUCAAAGUAUGGCUGUGCAUUUAUGUUUGUAUUGCAAUUCCAUGUUGGUGCCAAAGAGGAAGAUGGUGUUGUUGGUGGCUUCGUUGUAAAAUGUUCUUUCCCAGAAAAAGAAUAAUAUUUGUAAAACAGUAUUACAUGCGAAAUCCUCCAGGUAUUCUAAUACCCAAACUUUCUAAAAAAAAACCGAUUAAAUACGAACCGUCUGAAUAUGAACAAGACAUGUAUGAAAAACUUGAAGCUGCAAUAAGAAAUAUAUAAUACAAAUAACUACAACUGCAGGUAUAUGUAUAAUGCGUAUAAUGAUAUAUAAAAACUUUAUGAAAUAAGUAGUAAUG